AUGGAGCUCGACCAGGCCAUCUCCCUAUGGCGGGGCCGCGCGGCGGACGCUGCGCUGCUCGGCGCGUCCACGUGCAUGUCGAAGGACGGCAGUCGGCUCGUGCUGCUCACGUCCAGCGAAGACGUGCGUGAGAUCUGCGCCCCCACGCGCAAGUGUACGACCCACUGGACCUUCCGCGCCGGUAGUAUCCACGCACUGCGUGUCGCUGCCGUGCGCCAUCCGCACUCGCGUCUGUUCUUUGGUGUGUGUGGAGCGCCUGGCGUAAGUGCGAGCAAGAAGGCGCGUCAGGUGAGACGUCAAGAGGUCAAGAAGACGACGGCGCUGCCUGCGAACGAAGGCCUGACGGUCUGGCGCGACGUGGACGUGGACGUCGCUGCGUGGCGGCGCACGCCGUUGCAGUCGAGUGCGAAGACGUUUGCGCUGCUCGCCCAUGUCAAGCUGAAAGAAGAAGUGGUGGUCGUGUUCCAGGACGGCUCGUUUGCGACGUAUGACGGGGCGUUGAAUCGAGGCGUGCACAGUGACGAUGUCAAGGACGAAGCAGUGGCAGAAGAAGAAGAAGAAGACGAGGACAAUGGCGAUGAGGACAACGGAGACGAUAGCGAUGAUGAUCGUGACGGUGAUGAUGAUCGAAAAGCUGACGAAGGCGAAGGACGAGUGGUGUGGGCGUACUUGGAGACCGACAGCCGCAGCUCGUUGAAGGGUGGACUCUUCUUGUCGAUCCUUAUGCAGAGUCUCACACAGAAAGGUACGAAGCAAUUGCAGCUCACAGUGUAUCAGAUCACGAGCUCUACUGUCACGAGACGCAUGGGCGGCGUGCUGUCGGUCGUGCAGCGCGUGCGUCAUCGUGUCAGCCUGCCGGACAAUGAAGAACUGUUAUCGUACGCGUUCCACCCGGAGACGUUCUCGUACUCGCUCGUUGGCCAGUCGGGUUCCUGGCACACGCUGCGCUUUGCACGUGAUGCAGUGACGAGCAGUGUAACGCUCGUAGCUUCGCAUCCGAUGCCAAACUUGGCGUCGGCCGAAGCGGAUUCGGACGUGCCGUUGCACAAGAAGCGCAAACUACAGGCUGCGAGCAAGACUGGAUCCGGCUACUUGGUGAGUGGCAUUGGACACGUCACGUACUUGGUGAGUCUAUCGUUGGACGCUCCUUCGACGAUCACAGCUUGGGAUUCCAAGUUUGCUGUUCCCGUGUCGAAGACAGAGGUCAGCUUGACGGCGAAGAACGACAGCGAGAAUGGCGUCGUUGUCGGGCGUAGCAGCAAAGAUGGCGUCGGCAGUCCAGUGCAGAUUGUGAACGUUGGUUCGGGUGACGUUGUGGUCGUCGUUUAUGAGCGGGGCGUGUUUCUCAUUCACGUGAGGAACAAAAACUCGACGUUGGCGAGUGUCUUGGGAGCCAUGGCAUCUAGCAGCGGGGCAGCUUUUGAUACCUUGACACCGCCUGCACUGCCUGAUAGCUCUGUAGAGUGGGAAACCUUAGCGUCAAGCAGCAUCAGCAACGACACGCUAGUUGUCGAGUCGUGGCAGUCGAAGCUGUGCAGUGCGGAUGACCGUGAGCGUCAGCUGAUUGCGGAUCUGUCGGAUCCGCGAGUCACGCCUUCAGCAGCUGAGUUCAUCGAGCGUCUCGACAAGGCACUGGAGAAACAGAAGAGUGAGCUAACGCCUGGCAAGGACAAGCCAGAAGCGUUGUCGUUUCGAUUGGUGCAAGCUGUGACGCGACGGUGCUUGGACUCGGCGGAUCUGGGUCUCUGGGCUCCUCUCCACAAGAUGCUGCUCACGGACCGGUUGUCGGCACGCGCGGAGCCAACGCUGCUACCGACGUUGAUGAAGCACAAUCAGUUUGCGCUGCUCGAGUGUGCUAUUGUGCACCUUAUCGACAUCGACGAGCGCUCGCUCGUGCGUCUGUUGAAGUACUUCAUCCGCAAGAGCAGCGAGUCAUCGUUCAUCCAGUUCGUGGAACAGCAAGUCCAGGCCCAGCCCGAGCAGAGUGACGCUGUCGAUGCAGCUGUUGCCUGCGAGCGCUUCGCCGUCGCGCUGUUGGGUCUGCCCACGAAUGACGUGUUCCUUCAUCGAGCGAUUCGAGAACUACAGCUCGAAGAGGUGCUGCUCGUGCUGGCAAUGUGCAAGAAGCUGCUGCUUGUGCACACUACGGGAACCGAUACGGACGACGAGGCGCCUGUCAAGCCAUCAAAAACAACACCAGCAACAAGGCCAAAACGAGGCAGGACAAGUGCGGACAAGGCACUUGCCGUGCGGCCCACCACUGCGCAGUGCUUUACGCCGCUGCCUUCGGCCUCGCGCUGCUGCGUAUGGAUUUGUGCGUUGCUGGACGCGCAUCUGUCUGCGCUGGUGCAACGCGCGUCGCAGAACACGGACGUCUCGCGCACACUGCAGCAGUUGGAUGACCUGGUGCAGCUCCUGAUUUGCACGAACGCACAGUACGAGUCGGUCCAGGGCGUGCUGAGCAACUUUCUGUCGGGCGUGCAGCUCCCGCAGGCUCCGGGACUUGCUGACUACAGCAUUGAGGAGCUGUGGCUGUAG